AUGGAAAAGGGGCUGGCUUUAGAAGAAGACAAGGAAGUGGGCUUCACUGGUUUCUCUUUGGUAGCCUAUAUCUGUUCUGAUGAUGCAUCGAUGGUGGAUGAUUCCGUUGGGGAGGUGUAUUACUAUUAUCCUUUCUCUGCCCUAUCUGAUCCUGCUAAGAUUUACAAUGACCUUCGAUGGAACAUCACAAGACCCCAAGGUUUGGAGGCAGUCAUGCGUGUAAGAUGCAGCCAGGGUCUCCAAGUUCAAGAAUAUUAUGGAAACUUUUGUAAACGCGUUCCGACAGAUGUUGACUUACCAGCGAAGUUGCAGUUUUCAACUGAAUGUGAUUCGGUUUCCAGGAAGAUAUUGAUCAGCUUGAAUCCAUAUUGGAUUCUAGCUACAUUUAAUUCGUUCAUGCUGCCAUAA